AUAUAUGCCUCUCGGCCGUGCGUCUCAUUAUUCCCUCUCGUCGCUCAUUCUUGCUAGAUUAUCGUAGAUAGAGAGAGAGAUAUAUCUGCUUGGCCGGCCUUCAUCCCUCUCAAGUGUGUGUGUGUGUAGCUAGUCAACUCUUCUCGAUCUCCUCUCUGGCCUGUUCUCUGCCUGCUGCUGCUUUAAUUUAGAGUAUUUGUUUUCCAAUCAAUCCCUGGCAGUUAGUUGAAUAAUCGUCUUGGUCGUCGAUCGCAAAUUGGGCCAAUUCAACUCCAUUAUAUCCAACUCCGCCGCCGCGCCGGUGGUCUUGUUCCAUUAUUCCUGCCCCAGAACAGAGUACUGAAGAGAUGAGCAGCGGCAACGGCGGCGGCGGCGAGGACGACGACGUCCUGGACCACGAGUACCAAGAGCUCGAUCGAUCUGCUGCGCGCGGCCAUGGAUCGAUCUAUCUACUGCAUGAUUAUUAAUAGGAGUAUGUGAGGAACUCGCGGGGGAUGAGCCUGUUCGCAUGCAGAUGGCUGCCUGGGAAGAGGUGGACGACGAAGCAGGGCCCUCCCAAGGCGCUCAUCUUCCUCUGCCAUGGUUACGCUGUGGAGUGCGGCGUUACCAUGCGCGGCACCGGCGAGCGUCUGGCCCGUGCCGGCUACGCCGUGUACGGCCUCGACUACGAGGGCCACGGCCGCUCCGACGGCCUGCAGGGCUACGUGCCAGACUUCCAGGCCCUCGUCCAGGACUGCGACGACUACUUCGCCUCCGUCGUCCGCCGCUCCCACGUCCGCAGGUUCUUCCUUCUCGGCGAGUCCAUGGGCGGCGCCGUCGCUCUCCUCCUCCACCGCGCUCGCCCCGACUUCUGGGCCGGCGCCGUGCUGGUGGCGCCCAUGUGCAAGAUCGCCGACGACAUGCGGCCUCACCCGGUGGUCGUCAACAUCCUGAGGGCCAUCACCUCCAUCAUCCCCACCUGGAAGAUCGUGCCCACCGCCGACGUCAUCGACGCCGCCUACAGGAUGCAGGAGAAGAGGGACGAGAUCCGGGGCAACCCCUACUGCUACAAGGACAAGCCGCGACUCAAGACCGCCUUCGAGCUGCUCAAGGUCAGCUUGGACGUCGAGGCCAACCUCCUGCACAAGGUGUCGUUGCCGUUCCUGAUCGUACACGGCGGUGCGGACAAGGUGACGGACCCUUCGGUGAGCGAGCUGUUAUACCAAUCGGCGGCGAGCCAGGACAAGACGCUCAAGCUCUACCCAGGCAUGUGGCACGCCCUCACCUCUGGUGAGUCGCCCAACAACAUCCGCACUGUUUUCCAAGAUAUCAUCGCUUGGCUGGACCACAGAUCCAUCUCGAUGGAGGACCUGCCAGCAGAGGUGGAGCAGAAGGCCAGGCAUGACGACCACCACCACCAUGCAGCAGGCAACACCAAAUAGCUAGCUGCAUAUUGUCUCUCAAUGUAUACACACACAUGAAUGCAUGUAGCUAGGAUCCAAUAUAAUGGAGCAAUAGUUCAAUUAUUGUGAUAUACACACAGAACCAUUAUAUAUUUGAGUAAAGUCCGUUUUACAUCCCUGAAA